AACGUCUAUAUGUAUCUGCCAGGAGGGAAUCUGUAGUCUAAAUAGCGGGGUUACUGAUUUAACUCGUGUUGCGACGGCCUGUCCCGUCCCCAGCCACCGGGGUACAUACGCUAAAUGUUAGGUAGCCUGCUAGGGACCUACGUUCGCUACCUCGGCCGAAAUCCUACAUCUACAUCUUCCACCCUCAGGCAUACGUUCCCAGCAAUCCUCCAUCAAUUCAUGCGCACUCACUACAAACCCAAUGUGAACUUCUUAUAUGUAGUAGGCGAGUAAGUACCUUCCUACCUACACCCAUCCAAGCCGAUGAAUCCGGAUAUAUAGGGAGAAGUACAACGCCCUAAAACAAUCCACAAUGGCAGAACAAAAAGCCCCAGUAAUCAUCAUCGGAGGCGGCCUAGCCGGUCUAGUCGCCGCCUUCGAGCUUUCACAACGCGGCGUGCGCACGCUCAUCAUCGACCAAGAAGGCGAGCAGAAUCUAGGGGGACAAGCAUUUUGGUCGCUUGGUGGGAUUUUCUGUGUUGAUUCCACCGAACAGCGACGUAUGGGGAUUAAAGACAGUCGCGCGCUUGCGUUUCGUGAUUGGCUUGGCUCGGCGCGAUUUGAUCGCUUAGAUGGUGAAGAUAUCUGGCCACGGCGCUGGGCGGAGGCGUUUGUGGAUUUUGCGACGGAUGGUAUGGAGAAGUAUCUUAAGGACCGCGGCGCGGGGUUUUUAAUGAAUGUUGGGUGGGCUGAGAGGGGCGAUGGGACGGCUGAUGGUCAUGGGAAUUCGGUGCCGAGGUUUCAUAUUACUUGGGGUGCUGGGCCGGAGGUCGUGCGGGUAUUCGCGGAGCCUGUUAGGGAGGCCGAGAAGAAUGGGAUUGUGGAGUUCAAAUUUAGGCACAGGGUGGAUGAAUUACUAGUCGACGAAAAUGGAAGGGCGUCUGGUGUCCGAGGUAAAAUCCUGGAGGAAGACCCAUCACCGAGAGGAGUCAAGACAUCGAGGACGGAGAUCGGUGACUUCGAACUGCACGGCGCGGCGGUGGUCGUCUCAUCCGGAGGCAUCGGAGGAAAUGUGGAGGCGGUGAAAAAGGCGUGGCCACUAGAUCGUCUGGGUCCCAAGGUCCCAGAGAACUUCGUCAUUGGUGUCCCUGCGCAUGUUGAUGGUCGGAUGGUAGGAAUUGCGGAAGCUGCCGGCGCGCAUUUCGUCAAUCGCGAUAGGAUGUGGCAUUAUACUGAAGGCCUUCAAAAUUGGAAUCCUAUUUGGCCGGGUCAUGGAAUCCGAGUCCUGCCUGCACCGUCGUCGUUGUGGCUAGAUGCGAACGGAAAGAGACUGCCACCAUUCCUAUAUCCAGGUUCCGACACGUUAGCGACACUCAAGUACAUCUGCAGCACGGGUUACGACUACACUUGGUUCAUCCUCGACCAAACUAUUAUCGCGCGGGAAUUCGCGCUCUCAGGUUCAGAGCAGAACCCAGACUUAACGGCGAAGAGUGUUUGGCAACUCCUUAAGAAUCGUAUCUUCAGCUCCAAGGGCACGGUACCAGUCCAAAAUUUCCAGAAGUACGGCAAAGACUUUGUGGUGCGCGACAACCUCGAGGACCUAAUUGACGGCAUGAAUGAGCUAGCGAAGUCCGUCAACGGGCCAUUACUUGAUCCAAAGUCUAUUAGGGAAGUUGUAGAAACACGCGACGGCCAGAUGGAUAAUGACUACUGCAAAGACGCACAGGCGAUGCUCAUUCGGAACGGUCGCAAUUACUGGCCUGACAAACGCAGUCGCGUAGCUCCGCCGCACAAACUUCUAGAUCCAAACCAUGGCCCGUUGAUUGCCGUGCGCAUGAAUUUGCUCACACGCAAGACACUAGGCGGUCUUGAGACAAAUUUGGAGAGCAAUGUGAUGAAGGAGAAUGGCGAAAAGUUCCCGGGUCUCUACGCGGCUGGUGAGGCUGCUGGAUUUGGCGGAGGUGGCGUUCACGGAUAUAACUCGCUCGAAGGAACUUUCCUUGGGGGUUGCAUAUUUUCCGGUAGAGCAGCUGGGAGAGCUAUAGCUGAUGAACUGCUUGGUCCUGCUUGAGACUAUCUACUGAGAACGUAGGUAGUGGCUUUACACCAGUGGGUCCUCAGACUCCCAGGCUAUGGCAGUUGAGCGCUCCUUCUAUUUGUACGUGUAUAUUCUUGGGCGAAAGUGUAACUCAAUGUAUUCUCUAUACAUGUAUGCGAUACAUUCCUCUCACGUUAAGCCCUCCCUUGGCGACUUCGACAUCCACCUACUCGAGUGCGGUGUAGGUGCCCCUUCCUAGUCCUUAUAGUUUUCUGCAGACCCAACUUUCUAAAAACGCUAGUCUAGGAAGCCAUUGGUGAUAUCAACCCAGUAGGAAUUGGUCAUCUUAGAGAAGGGACUUCUAGUUGUAUGCUUAUCAAGAUUCCCGUAGUGAUUACAAGUCCCUCUCGUAUAAGCGUCGUGACUUCCAGCCUAUCGUUAGUUUCGCGAUGAGCUUGAUUCUUGGAUAAUAGGCGCUGAUGUAGCUCCUUCAGCUGCUGCUCGUCAUUACUAUCUAACAAGAAUUAGCUGUAGGACGAUGUCUUAUUCACAAAAAGUAUGCUUGGCGAUG